AUGGAAAACUCGAAGGAAAAAGGGGUGUUAUUCGAAAUUAUCGUGUACAGUAUCCUGAAAGAUGCAGGCUUGAAGCCAUUUACAACGAGUGGUCCAAAUGGUGGUGACGGCAGAGUAGACAUUCAUAUAAACACCCCGUACGUUAAUAUAGUCAUACAAUGUGAAUUCCGAGAACAGGAGAAUAUAGGUCCUGGAGCAGUACGAGAGUUGAUAGAGGUGCUUGUCGAGCGUACCCCUGGUACGGUUGGGAUCUUGGUGGUUGAUCCUGGGUUUAGUGAUGGUGCAUUCGAAGAGGCAGAAAAAAAUCCUCAAUUUGAGAUUAUAUUAUCUUAUAAAAAUAGUAUAGUCUCAGAUAUAAAGAGAAUAGUUGAAGCUAAAAAGAAUGCCACUAUCACAGAAAACCAACAGCUUGUUGAAGCUCGUCGAGAAUAUCAACAGCUAAUAUUAGACGUUGUUGAAAUUCGUCUUGAAGUUCAACGAUUAAGAUCAGACAUUGAUGAUCUUUGGCAACUAUUUUUACUUUUAAUUUUGAAGUUUGGUCACCUGGUUAAAUCUUAG